CCCUGCACCCUCUCUUCUUGCGUAUAUCUCUGUUUAGCUUGUAGAGAGCAGCAGAAAACAAAAAAUGAUCAGUAACCCGCCUUCGCAGCCGCCAUCGCGUCCGCGCACUCCCCUCGAACAUUUUAGAGACGUUGUUCACGAGGCGAUACGCCAGUUGAAGCAUGAGAAGGAAUCAGAGGCACAUAGAAUAUACCGUGCUGCUCCUGGCCACAAGGCGCAAGGUAUACUUCCGCAGACGGUAAAUCCUGACGAGGAAACAGUCCCUGGUAUCGAGCACCCAGGCUCCACGGGUGUUAUUUACUGUUCUGACCGCGCGAUUGCAAAUGGAUUUAGCUACGCUUCGAGCCAUGAGUGGGCGAACCUCGGCCAGGGCGCCCCGGAAGUCGGUGAUAUCCCUGGUGCAGCUCCUCGCCCGACGCACCUAGAUAUUCCUUUCGACAGUCUGGAAUAUGCCCCUACGACAGGUGUCAAGGCCCUCCGAGAAGCCGUUGCCAACUUGUAUAAUGAGAAUUAUCGUCAAGGAAAAGCAAGCAAGUAUACGUUCGAGAACGUGUGCAUUGUUCCCGGUGGACGUGCCGGACUCUCGCGUCUUGCUGCAGUCAUUUCGAAUGUCUACUGUGCAUAUCAGAUCCCGGAUUAUACUGCGUACGAUCAGGUUCUCGGUGCAUUCAAGCGCCUUGUCCCGAUUCCUACCAUUUUGGACCCUGACGACCAUUAUCGACUCAACAUAAAACAGACGAAGAGGGACAUUCGGUCUCAGGGCCUUUCUGUCAUUCUCGCUUCCAACCCGCGCAAUCCGACUGGACAGGUUAUCAAGGGAAAUGAGUUGAAGGAGCUAGUCUCGCUCAGUCGGGAGUCAACGACACUUAUUCUUGAUGAAUUCUAUUCUUGGUACAUUUACCCUGAAGAAGGAGAGGAAUUCGGCCACUCGGUCUCCUCUGCGGUGUACAUCGAAGACGUGAAUGAGGACUCUGUCGUGAUUGUUAACGGCUUGACGAAGAACUGGCGUCUUCCAGGUUGGCGUGUAUGCUGGGUACUCGGCCCUAAGAACCUUAUCACCGCGCUCUCGCAAUCAGGCUCGUUCCUGGAUGGUGGUGCCAAUCAUCCUCUGCAGAUUGCAGCCAUUCCGCUGCUCGACCCACAACAUGUCCGGCAAGAGAAGAUUGCGCUCCAGAAGCAUUUCAAGAUGAAGCGCGACCACGUAUUGAAGCGGCUUCAGAGGCUUGGACUGAAAGUACAAGUUCCUCCAACAAGCACGUUCUACAUCUGGCUUAGCCUCGAGCAACUGCCAACCCCAUUGAACAACGGUCUUACGUUCUUCGAGGAAUUGCUCAAAGAAAAGACGAUCGUUAUCCCUGGUAUCUUCUUCGACAUCAACCCAUCGCAUCGCCGAAACCUCUUCAACUCGCCAUGCCACCAAUUCGUUCGCAUUUCGUUUGGACCACCGCUUGAAGACCUUGACAAAGGUAUCGACGCUAUCGACCGAGUCCUGAGGAAGGCUAAGCGGGAGGGUAUGAAGUCGUUCGGUCACAGCUACAAGAAGAGCAUCGAAGGCGAGGAAACGCUCCAAGUAGGCGCCCCAAAUGUUUAGAUUUAGUGUUCUGAGAUCUGUCCCAUUGCCAAGUGCUUAGACAGAGAUAGAAGUUAUACAUCAUAUACGGCCGUUUCGUUCGAUCCAUAAACCAUGUAUUAACUAUAAUCACGACUUGAGAUAUCUGUUGGUAGAUACCGUUUGAUCGGAAUACAUUGUCC